UUGGCCGGGAGAGGUUCGUCGCGCGUGGUUCCACGAGUUUUUCGUUCCGAUAAAUACGAGGAUCGUACACUGUUUGAUCGUUUUACGUGCGCGUCCAUGUUUUGUGCCUUUUUCCAGAGUGUACUGCGUUAUUGUUUUUCUCGGUGAUGCUUUUGUGGUGACAAGGAAAAGGAAGAGUAUUCUGCCCAAGAUUCGCACACCGAAACGAAAGGUGAUAAAGUGAUGUGGUGAUAAGGUGACCGAAACAAAGCAAAGAAAGUUGUGCAAAUCGAUCCAAUCGAUCUAGUGGCCGUUGGCAAACGCACGCGGCGGUUUCUUUUUGUGUUUUUUUUCGGUGUUUGACUUGUUCGUUCGUUCGUUCGUUCGUUCGCCGAUCUGUCUGUCGGCGGUACGCGGUGGCCGUCCUGGAUCCGCACGUGAGCAAGCUUACCGCGAGCGCCACGGCCUCGGCCACGGUCGCCAUCACCGCCGGCAAGAUUGGAGGUGCAUCGUCAAAACAAGAUGCCCACACUGCUGCUGCUGCUGCUGCUGCCGUUCCAGUGCUGGUCGACGACGACGACAACGCCCUAGCCGGCCAGAAGCUAGAGCAGGAGUGGGCCUCAAUGCGGUGCCUUCGGAAGAAGAUGAGCCUCCUCUUCACGGCCAGCUACCGGUACCGGCGCGCACUGCAGACGAUGGCCGCGGGCCUCUUCCUCAUCUACAUCACGCUCGUCCUCUACCAGAGUGUUUGUGGUGGUGGUGCGUACUCCGGUUGUACCGAGGGAACCGAUGGACAGGCCACGGAUACACUGCCGGCUACCGGUGUGGUCAAUGUGCAGCAGGAUUGGCAAUCGGGUGGAGGUAGUGGAGGUGCGCUAAUGCUGAACGGUGGUGCCGCGAGUGUAGUGAUAAGCAAGCGUGAUAGUGUGGCCCCAGGUGUGAGGCAUCGCGAUGAACCGGGCAACAGUUUAUCGCCGGGUGCAACACCAUCCAGCGACGGUGACGGUCAACGGACGCUACCGUACGAUCUGCACCGAGUGCCGGCCGUCACCGGAACGCCCAAACCACCGACAACCGAGCUCGAUGAUCUGUUGAUCAGUGUAAAGACGACGAAAAGUUAUCACGAUACGCGGCUCGAGAUGAUCACCAAAACGUGGUACCAGCUGGCAAAGGAACAGACGUGGUUCUUCACCGACACGGACGAUGCGCACUACCAAAAGUUGACAAAUAACCACAUGGUCAACACGAACUGCUCGCAGGGCCACUUUCGGAAGGCGCUCUGCUGCAAGAUGGGCAAGGAGUUUGAGUUUUUCCUGGACAGCGCUAAAAAAUGGUGGUGCCACUUCGAUGACGACAACUAUGUGAACGUGCCACGGCUCGUCCGGAUGCUGGACGACUACAGCCCCACGCAGGACUGGUACCUGGGCAAACCGAGCAUAUCCUCACCGCUGGAGAUAUUCCUCGAUAGUACCAAAUCGUCGACGGAAGUGAACAAAAAGGUGACGUUCUGGUUCGCGACCGGUGGCGCUGGAUUCUGCAUAAGCCGGGCGCUCGCCCUGAAGAUGAUGCCGAUCGCCGCUAGCGGCAAGUUUGUCGCGAUCGGUGAUAAGAUCCGCUUCCCGGAUGAUGUGACGAUGGGUUUUCUGAUCGAGCACAUCCUCAAGGUUCCGCUGACCGUGAUCGAUGCGUUCCAUUCGCACCUGGAACCGAUGGAGUUCAUACGGCCGGAAACGUUCCACGAUCAGGUUUCGUUCAGCUAUGCCCGGAUGCGUAACGAGUGGAACGUCGUGAAGGUGGACGGAUUCGAUCUGAAGACAGACCCACAGCGUAUCUACUCGCUGCACUGCUACCUUUAUCCGUUCUUCAGUAUCUGCCCCAAUUCGAUCCGGAGGCGAUGAGGAAAGGGAAGCCAAGGUCCAACGGCCGGCAAAGCAAGCAGUUAGAGCCAAAUCAAAGGAACCACACUAGGGUAUCACCAGGAGAGGAGAUACUGGAGAAACAGCAGAGCAGAGCUACCAUGCCUAUUGUAGACCGCGAUGAAAAAAGGGGGCUAGAAAGGAUGCUAGGAUGGAUGUGUGAUAUAAACAGGAGCAGGAGAGGUCAGGAUACAGGAGCACUAACCGUGCAUGCGCAUCGAUCGUCCUUUUUUUUCAAAAUACUGUGAUCGUUCGGAAAUGGGCUCCGAACAGCAGCAGCAGCAGCAGCAGCAGAGAGAGAGGGGAGAAAAGGUCCUCUUUGCGACAGAAACGCAAUAGUAAUGUUAAUUAUAAUGAAUGCUGUAAGAAAUGUAAAAAAGUAAACAGGGAUAGAAUGGAUGGUCAACCGAGGACCAUCGAUAAUUCCUUAAUUGAAUCCGUACAGUCUGGCUCGCAGUACAGUUCCGACGGAUCGCUUCAUGUUCAGUAACAUAGUAGCUGCGUCGAUAGGGAUCGUUAGGGACUAUCGCAGGGACUAUCGACUAGUGCCCCAACUGCCCCAACCAACCAGAGGAACGCGGUAGGGUAGCUAACGGUAGUAAGCAAUAGAAGGCACAGGUAUAGGUAGCAGGCCUUGUAGUAGCAGCAGCAGCAGCAGAUGGCAUUGUCGUCAUGGUUACUACUCAGCAACGUCAUAGCAUACGGGAUAGCCGGUCGCGUUGAGCAGGCGGUGAUACUGUCGUGGCCGCACCGACCGUCUAUCAGUCUAGUCUCUUUGUGUGCGUGGUGUAGCAGCAAUACGAAGGAUACGUUCCCUCUCUCCUCCCAAUUCCCGAUCCGCUUGCGCUCAUGCAACACGGAAAAAGAAGGAAGAUCGAACACAUAGCUAGUAAACCUACUUCGUGUACAUAUGUCACCACUAAGUGUAAGCGAGCAAGCGAAUACGAUUGUAAGUUGUUAAUUUGUGCGCCUGUAGCGGAAGCCCCUGUGUUGUUGGCGUACGCGAGCGCUUGUGUAUUGUUCAAAACAAGUUUCUGUGUAAAAAUUGUAAUAAAAAGUGAUA